AUGUUCUACUCUCACGAAGUCCUCACGAGCCGCAAAUAUGGCGUGGCAACAGUCUGGCUCGUCGCGACCUUAGGCUCAAAGUCCACACACAAACGCGUCUCCCGCAAAGCCAUCCUAGACGUGGACGUGCAGAGAGCAUGUGGGACGAUCAUUGAGCCUGAUGCGCCCAUGGCAUUGAGGCUGCAGAGCAACCUGCUCUAUGGCGUGGCACGCGUCUACUCACAGCAGUGUGGAUAUGUGCUUGCCGACGCAGAGACGGCGAAGAACAACAUGCGUGCUAUGUUCAAGGCUUUGCAGAGUAGUGGGCUUGAGCCUGAAGGGCAGCAUAAGGGACGUGCCGACCAGCUCGUGUUGCCAGACGAUCCGAACUUCCUCCUGGAUCUUAACUUGCUACCACUGGUCCCAGAUCAGCUAAAGUUCGAUCUGAGCACGAACUUAGAAGACUCCCAGCGUUCAGCCUUGUCUCCAUACAACUCACAGCUUACAAGCGAUUCUCGUCAGACGUUACCAGGCAUCGAGAUUCCCGGCCGCUCCAGCUCACUCAUAGGUGGUCCAGUCGGUGGCAACAGCGGCAGUUUCAGCAUCCGCGGCAAUUCUGGUGCUGGCCGGCGUGCACCAAUGCUUCUGGAGGACGAUCUUGGCUUCGUCAUUGACGCUGAUGGCACAAUGCACUUCAGUGAUGCGCCUGUCAGGCAGUCUGCUGGCUCGAUCAGCGCCGGCUCGGGCAGACGUGGACUCGACGACGGCGGUCAGAAUCAGGAGAUGCCUUAUCGCCCAGAUGACGAUGGCUUUAUGCCUGUGCUGGACGACGACUUCCAGCUAGGCCCUAAUGUUCAGCCAUUCUCACAUCGUACAAAUGAGGAAAGUCGUGAGCAAGAGGUAUCAUCCGAAACGGUGACUGCCGUAGCUCCUGCUCGUCAUCGAAGAAGACCGGAAGCAAAAGUACUGAUGCCCGACCUAACGAUGGAGUUGCGCAAUGGUGAUCUCGCCAGCUGGAAUACUGAUUACGUCGCCAACAUGCACGACGCAAUGCGUCAGAAGCACGCUGCAAGAGCUCUUGUUAUCGCGAAGGAGAACGCUAAAAUGUGGGUGCUGGGUGCUGCGGAUUUUGGCGCUUUCAACCAGAGUGAUAUGCUCAUGCGUGGACCGCUCGGGAUGUUCUCUGGCGCCAAGCUCCUCGAAGCUCUUACCGGCUUCGACGUUCUCGGGGCUGGUGGGAAGCGAGGCAGGAAUGCUCAAGAUGAAGGCGAUCAAGGUGCACGCAAGCGGUCCCGAGACCAGGAGCCUUCAUCGGACGAGCAGGGCCGUGGUAUAUUCUUGAACGACGACGGGUACGUUCCCAUGUUUGGCGAUGACUACACCGGCGUCGAACAAGGUCGAGAAGCACCCACUCCACUCGAUGACCGCCGAAUCUCGUCCUUAUUCCCAUGGAACCAGAGCAUCGGCACCAGACGCCCCACGGGUCACUUCACCUCUGCUUCUCUGGCUGGAUCCGGCCAAGCUGGCGCACUCAGUCGCCGCGGUAGCAAGUUGCUGUCGGCUUCGCCAUUGACGGGCCGUGGUCCGCCUGGCGCCGCUCUCGAAGACCUCCAACAAACUCUCUAUAGCGAUCAAGCUGGCGGUGAGGACGUGAUCAUGAAUGGUCUCGACGACUUUGAGUUGUACGGUCCUGCUGCACAAGUCGAUACUCAGACAGCAGCUCAGUCGCAAUGGCAACGCCCGAUUCUCGACGGUGAAAGUAUCAACUUCCUCGGCUUCGUGCAAGCGGCUAUAGUCGAAGCCGACAAUGCUCAUGAUGCUGCCAGCCCAGGCGAUGAAGAGGAUAAAGUCCUCAAAGGCAGUGUCAACUUUGAGACUCUCUUGCCACCGGGGAGCAAUACUCAUAUAGUCGCUGCACAGGGUCUGCUCUAUGUGCUGGCGCUCGGCACGAAGAACCUGCUGCAGGUCGAGCAGGAUGAGGCUUUCGGUGCCAUCAUCAUGCGUGAGAUUGGCGUCUGA